AUGACCGCGCUGCAGUAUGCCAUCUACCUUGGUCAGGAGGAUAAAGCUCGACUCCUACUGAAAAGAUGCGAUCCGAAUGCCGGAGAUGAAGAGGGACAGACGGCAUUCCAUUAUGCCGUUCGGUCUAGCAGAGCCAGCCUGGGUUUUAUACAGCUGGUAGUCGAGGCAGGUGCGGAUCUGCACAAAGAGGAUCAUAGUUCAAAAACACCAUUGCACAACGCGGCUCAGGGUAGAGGACGAGAGGUGGCCAGUUUUCUGGUCGAGCAAGCAACAAAUUACGCCAAUCGCUACCAGGAACUGGAGAAAGAUGUUAAAAAGGGAACUGUUGCAGAAAGUCCUGCCAACACCGAAAUUGAGUUGGAUUUUCGGAAAAUGGACUAG